AAACAAACCAAUGUGGAGGAGUCUUCUGGCUAUCAAACGACUGAACAACCUGGACUAGCGGUGGGUGAACUGUGUGCGUGUUUCCAGCCAACCCCAUCAUCCAUCCCUCCACCUGUUGAGAUGGCUGAAGGCACUGCGGCGGCGUGGGCGUGGACCAGGGAAGCAAACACACACGAUGAAGAAGCUGGCGCGAGUACAAGGGAGCAGGGCCUGGAGGGCUGGGGCACUUACGAUGAUGAUGAUGAUGAUGAUGAUGAUGAUGACGACGACGAGGACAACGGCAACAAGGGCAACAACGAUGGUGCUGAUGGUGCUGAUGCUGGUGACGAGGAGCACAACCCGCACCACAGCAACUCAGCACACACAUCAGACGCAGCAGAUACAGCAGAUGCAACAGACACAACAACGGCGACGCAACCAUCGCCCCCGCCCCCGCCCCCACCCUGCGAGGUGUACAUCUCCGUGAACACGGACGAAGGCCUGGCACAAGCGAGUGCGCUCGCGGAGGCGAUCGAAGCUCGGGAGGUGAGGUGCGUGAUUGGCGGGCGGAAGGUGCAGCAACACCGACUCAGCUCGACCAAGAGUAAGGAUGACCUGCGCGAUUCCAAGCUGGCCGUGAUCAUCGCCACUGCCAACUACGGCGGUGUGGACACCACGGAGGGCCGGCGCACGCGGCAGGAGCUUGAGUUCAUCUUCCGCGAAGACAGGGCGUUCUACCUGAUCAAGACGUGCGACCACUUCAAGGCGCCACGCGUGGACACCUGGCUCACGGAUGAGCUCACCCGGUUCCUCUGGACAGCACCGCCGCCCGCGUCGUACAGCGAGCCCGACGCCGCCGUGGACGUGCCUGCGGGCCUUGUCGACGAUGUGCUCGCGGACAUGGCCACAAUGAUGAAGCCUGGCAGCGAUGCGACCGGCGGCGGCGUUGGCAGCGUCUCUGACGAGCGGCGGCGGAAGCGGGAGAACGCGGAGCGCAUCAAGCAACAGCGGGCACAGCAGCGCUCAAACCACUUCAACGCCGUGCUGAGACGAAGCCGCUGCACUGCUGUUGCAAAGAAGCGCAUUCAGCAGAUCUUCUCCGGCGCCCUCGCCAUCGUCGUCGAUUUGCACAAGCAGCAUCUGGACGACUUUGCGUGCCACGCCCUCGGUAUUGCACUCCAGAACAACACAAGCACAAAGGAGAUCAGGAUGUAUUGCAACGACUUCACCCCGAACGGCGUUGAGGCGCUGUGCCGCUCGCUGGAGACCAACCGCGCCCUGACAAUGCUCUCGUUGGCAUCAAACAACGUGGGCAAUCGUGGGGCCGCCGCGUUGGCUAGACUCGUUGAAACGCAUCGCCACCUCAAAGAGCUCUGGUUGUGGAACACUGCGAUUGGCGAUGAAGGCGCGGUGGCGCUGGCCACAGCCUCAACAAAAAGCCGGUCCUUGGAGAAGAUCGAAUUGGAAGGCAACCGCCUAUCGGCCAAAGGCAUCACCAGGGUUGAGGCCGCCGCCAAGCAGAAGAUUGGCAAACCCGUCGAUGUGAAGCUCUAGCCCUGCGCACAUGUGUGUGUGUGUGUGUUCGUGUGUGCGUUCUCGCGCGCGCGCGUGUGUGUCUGUAUGGUUACAUGUGUACGCUGUGGGUGCUGUUGUUUCGCGCGGUGUGUUCGUUCUCUGGAUUAUGCUGUAUUGCUUCAAGACGGUUACUUCUUGAUUUACACCACCCACAACAAUCACGCCACCCUG